CUCCGCUGAGGAUUUCGGCGCGAUCAGUUUGCAUUUGCUAGCCGGUAGCCAUCUAGCUCGACCUACGCGCGCGUCAAGUUAAUUCCUCGUCGUCGUCGAGGAUCCGCCAGGAGGCCCGCCCGCCGCUUCCGUCCGUUUCCCUCCUUCCCGACCAGGAGGUCGUACCCGAUAAUCGAUCCACCUGUUAGGCCCUCGAUGAGAGCAGGAAGGACGAGAUGGAGGAGGAAGAUAUGAGGACGACAGUGGAGCUGUACAUUUAUGAUCUCACCAAGGGAAUGGCUGCGAUGAUGUCGCAGAUACUCAUCGGUCGCAAGUUGGACGGAAUAUGGCACACGGCGAUAGUCGCGUACGGAAGGGAGUAUUUCUUCGGUCCCGCCGGCAUCCAGAGUAUCCGACCCUCACGCAGGUGGUUCCCGUCGCGCCGUACUCGAUACUCCGCCCGAGUGCUUUCUUUCCUCCUCGGCGGCACGGAGUUACGGGACCCGCAGAGAGUCGAGAAGCUCGGCGAGACUUAUCUGCCCUACUCGGUCUUCCUGGAGUACAUAAACGGCCUGGGGACCUCCACGUUCGCACCGGGCACGUACAAUCUCUUCAAGCACAACUGCAAUUCUUUCACCGAAGAGGUCAGCAACUUCCUAGUGGGCAAGGGCAUUCCCAAGUAUAUCCUUGAUCUGCCGGAAGAAAUAUUACAAACACCUAUCGGACAAGCUAUAAGCCCGCUGAUAGAGACAUUGAGCAGUAACGCGAGUGCUGGAUUCACGGUUGGUCAGAGAUUCGUCGAGGCGAGGAUCCAGAGGGAAGCUUCGCCGGAAUAUCAACUUCUAAACACAGCUAUCGAAGAAGCGAGGUUGAAUUCGAUCGCGUUAGAGGAACGAAGGAACGUCAUCAACGAGAAGCUAGCGAAGAAAGACCGGAAGAAGAAGAAGAAGAAAAAGGAGAAGAAAGAAAAGUGCGGUAGGGAAGCCACCAGCAGCGACAGCAACAGCACCGGACCGAGCAAUUUCUGCGCAGAUAUGGCGGAAAACGAAAAUGCAGUCGGCGAAGCGCAGCAGCAGGCGGCUAAUGGGGAAAGCGCGCCCGCGGAGAUGCUGCCGUCUGAGCGAGUGAUGCAGAUGGAGGAGGACGAGAGGCGCGAGCAAGAGGAGAAGAAACGCCGUCGAGAUCCACCGAUAGUAUUCAAGGACCUGCUGGACGUGCGAGCGGAGUACGAAGGCCUGGUGAGCGUCCUCAAGGGGAAGUUGAACGACGAGGAACAAACGUGUCUGGACGAACUGCGGCAGUACGUCUUGGAAGACGAGGGCUCCUGGGCUCUAGGCGACAAUUUCCUCAACUUCGUUGGUCGAGUUCUCUAUGACAAAUCAUUAGACAGCGAUGUGCGAGUAAAACUGUUGAACGUGCUGUCCGUCGCCGCGCUGAAGGACGAUGUGAUUUUGUUGUUGCAUCAAGACAGGCGAGAGCAUAUCAUUAUGACUUACGCCUUCGACAUCGAUCGGCAUCCGCCGGAGGAGCAACUUGCGCUCGCACAGUUUCUGGCAAAUAUGUUCGAGAAUCUCAGCAGCUCGGAAUGGUUGCUUUACAUAUCGGAAUGGCAGCAUCAGGAUCAGAACGUCAGCAACAACAUCAGCAACAUAAGGGUGACGACUAAGGUUGCGGUGCACUCGUUGCUCUCAAACUCGGAAGACCUGCAGAUCCGCGGCGCGGCCAUCAUCCACAAUCUUGCCUGCAAGGAGAAAAUGAACAAAAGCAAAAAUCUGCGGCGACUUUUACCGAAAGGCAGCAUUUCUAAGGUGUUCGACGACGUCGCGGUGGAGCUGACGAUGGCGUUGUUGCAAUAUUUCAACGGCAGCCCCGCGGAGGAGCAGCUGUACACGUGUAUGAAGUCGUUGGCGCGUUUCACGCACAUCAGCGGUCAAGAGGUGCCGCAGCUCAUACAGAUGAUCGGACCCGAGCCGAACAAAUUCAAGGGUACCUCCCAGAGGAUCGACGAGCAGAUUGAACAAGUUAACAAGAAGCUGCGCUAAAUCGUCGACCGUCUGCGAAAAUGUCGUGUUCCACAAGUGCGAUGUAAAACUGGACACGCUUCCGCUACGUUCAAAAUGAAUUUUUACUUAGAGAUUCUAUCGAGCCAGUCAGAUAUUAUUAUUAUUAUUUAUGAAGAUUAAUUAUUGUUGUCAUUUAAUAUUAUUAUAUGUAUAUUACUAUUACUAGAUUACGCGAGUCGUCGCAGCGUUUCUUCAAUUUCACUUUUCACUUUUUUAUUCGACACCUUUUCUUUUUGUAGAUAAUUGAAGUUAACGAUACUUCACCGAGUGGUGAAAGAUAGAAAUGACACGUGCGUGACAUGUGCCCGCCCGUGUGCGCGACUGUCUCACGAUUAAAAAGUUUCUGACCGCUAGCGUUAGAAGAUUUCGACGCGACGAAAUCUCCAAAUUAGCUGUACCGAGUAACGGCGUGUUGUAAACGCUCACGCACGUUACACUCAAUUGAUUAUAUGUAUAUGUAUAAUAAAGUAUAUAUGUAAAAAUAAAUUUAUUUAUAAAGAA